CACGUGGGUCAUUUCUUGUCAAGUUUACUGCGCCAUUAGUUGAAGAUGUAGCAGCACUUCGACCCAGUGACAUUAUUAAUCGUGUUCGUUCUGAAGUUGGAGCUGAGACAUCAUACAUGGCAGCCUGGAGAAGUCGGGCUGCCAAUAAAAAACGUAAAGCAAAUGAAAUUGAUGAGAGUUAUCAGCGUAUAAAACCACUUCUUGAUAAUUUACUUAUAGAAAAUCCUGAAAGCAUUAUUUCAUUUGAAGUUGACAAUGAAAAUCAAUUCAUUCGUGCAUUUUUAUGCUUAUGGCCAUGGAUUAAGGCCGCUGAAUAUUGUAGACCAGUUUUUACUCUUGACACAUGUCAUUCAAAGUCAAGUUAUAAAGGCGUUUACUUUGGUUUAAGUGCAAUUGAUGGUGAAGGCAAGCUCGUUCCUAUAGCAUUUGCCGUUUGUUCAGUUGAAAAUUCUAAUAACUGGAUGUGGUUUUGUGAAAAUCUCCAUACGGCACUUCCAAUAAUAAAUACGAAUGAGACCGUCAUUAUAAGUGAUCGUGAAAAGGGUAUUUCUGAUGCCGUACAAGCAAAGCUUUCUAAUGCUUUUCAUGCACAUUGUGUAUGGCACAUUGAAAAAAAUGUUAAUACAAAGUUUAGAACAAAGCUCGGUGGUAAAAUUUGGGCUGCAGCAAAGGCAUUGAAUGCAGAAGAUUUUGACAAUAUUAUGGAAGAAAUCUCUAGUCUGCAUAUAGAAGCUGCCAAUUAUCUUCGCGAAAUACAUUCUGCAACAUGGACUCUUAGUAAAUGUCCACGUAAUAGAUUUGGUCAUCUUACUUCUAACACAUCUGAAUCUUUUAAUUCCUGGUUAUAUAAUGAACGUCUUGUGGAACCAUUUGAAGCUAUUAGUUUACUUGUACGCAAAGUCAAUACACUUUAUUAUAAUCAGCGUAUGAAAUACUCUUCAGCAGUAUAUCAAGCUAAUGAAUCAAUUUUUGAAGUUAGAAGCGAAAAUAGCAAUUUUCGUGUUGUGAAUCUUAAUGCAUUAACUUGCUCCUGUCAGCAAUUUCAGGAGUAUCGAUUUCCAUGCACACAUGCUUGUGCUGCUAUUCUUAAAGCACGUCUACAGCCAUCACAGUUUGUUCAUAUUACUUAUCACACCACAGCUCUUCAAAAU